GUUUCUUUGAAGCGAGAUCGUGCGGUCGUUCGCGAAAUCGAGAAUCGAGAAUCGAGAAUCGAGAAUCGAGAAUCGGAUAAAAAUGUUUGGUAAUCGUCGGUUUCUUCUCGUCCUAACAACCAUUUUAAUCUUAUUGGUAUGGGUUGCAGCUGACAUCAGAAAGGACUGCCGAAAGGAGACGAAAGUUUCGUGGGCCGCAUUAAAGAGGAUGAAGGCCGGAGACUUUGAGCAGAAAGAUGAAAAAUUGAAGUGUUACUUGAAAUGCUUUAUGACGAAGAACGGGAUUUUGGACAGAAACGCGGAGAUAGACGUGCAGAGAGCGUUGCGGCAUCUUCCUCCAAGUUUACAAGACUCUUCGAAAAAGUUGUUCAACGAAUGUAAAUCUGUCCCCGGAACCGAUCAUUGCGACAAGGCCUUUGAAAUUGUUAAAUGUUACGUUAAACACCAUCCAGAGAUCCUGCGCAGUGUUCCAUUCCUCUAGAGAAAGGACGUUCCUUCUAUCUCUAUACCGUACGAGUUUUAAACAGAAAGAAAGCGUUACGUUCUAUCACCGUCG